CUCCGUGAGACGCAUGGAUUAUACCGGGUGGCACUGUAAAGCGUGUGUUUUCUAUUGUCGACGCGUCACCUGGACGGAGAUGCCUCGAACCAUACCCACGUUUGUGAUUGGUCAAGCGUAUAUAUCAGACUACUCUAAGCAAACUCCAAAUGUGUAUAACAACUGAAAUACAGCUUUCCCAAUCUAUACGUCACGGCAACUAAAUAUCAUACGUGCAUGGUAACGAGUCAACGUGCGAGAGUCUCGGAUUUGACUAAUCGGAUGUGUCUGCUGAACGCAGUAAAUGGCAAUUAAACUUCCGGGUAUAGAACACCUUAUUUUAUAUCAAAGUUAGAUUUGAUGCUUUGUUCUUCUUCUGUUACAAAGAAUAUUGAAUAUAUAAUAUAUUGGAAGAAUGUCUGAACAAAUUGUGAUCAAUCUCUAUGAUGAACCAGAAAAUGAUAAGAAGGUGUAUUAUGACGCUCGUGAAGGUAUAUUAUUUUUAAUUGAUGCAACUCAAUCGAUGCUGCAUAAAGAUCCCAACUGCAAUCAUUCGUACAUUGAUGAAUGUCUCAAGGUAUAUAAAAAUAUAAUGGCACAGAAAAUGUCAUGGAACAAAGCAGAUUACAUGGGUAUAAUCUUGUUUGGCUCGAGUAAGUCAGAUCCAGAAUUACAGCAAAAAAGUAUAUUUGUUCUGAAAAAAUUUGAGAAAAUCUCUAUCGAUCAUUUCAAAGAGAUUGAAAAUUGUGAUAUUUCUGAAUACAUUGGUAGUGGCUCUGAUUAUCCUUUACACGACGCUCUGUGGAAUGCUACUCUGAUGAUUGAUAAGGCAAAAAAAUCAAUAUAUAUAUCAAAAGUUAUUUUGUUGACCUGUCAGGAUAAUCCUCUUGCUACGGAUCAAAGUGAAAGACAUAGAAUCAGACUUAAAGCUGCAAGUUAUCAUGAUGUUGGUGUAAAAUUGAAUGUAGUAGGAUUGGGAAAGACAUGGAAUCCAGAUCUUUUCUAUAAAGAACUAGAGAUGCUUGCGGGAUCUCUCUCUGAUGAUGAAUAUAAUCGGAUAUGUAUAGAGGAUUUAGAGGAAUGUAUUGUUAGACCAUCGAAAGCUGUAUCAACAUUACCCUGGCGAAUUGGAUCAUUAGAAAUAUCUGUAUCAAUACGCAGUGUCUCAACAAAACCAAAAUAUCCAAAGCAGGUGAAAAUGAAUAAAGCUGACAAUGAGAUCUUGCAGUCAUCAACAUAUUUUGCACCAAUGAGUUUCCAUAGCGAUGAUGAUGACGACGACGACGAUACCAUUGUUGAUAAUUAUACAUCCUCCGAUGUAUUCAAGUACCAAGAGUAUGGACAACAAAAAAUUGUUUUUUCUGCUCUCGAACUGCGUGAACUGGAGAGUACGGGUAAUAAAAGAAUAGAAUUAAUUUGCUUUAAACCAUUGAAGAUAGAUCCGAUACAUCACCUAUCAGCACCAAAAUAUAUUACCUGUAGAGAGAAAUUGAAAGACAAGAAGCUUGUAUUUGCAUCGAUUUUGAAUAAAUGCCAUUCAAAAAAUCUGAUGGCUAUUUGCUCUGUCGUACAACGUCAGGGUGGGAAAUUAAAUUUAUUCUCUUUAAUACCAAAUAUUGAGAAUGGUGGUUUCUACAUGUGGCAAAUUCCAUUUCUUGAACAUGUCCGAGAUUUGAAUGAACACUUAGCCAAUUUCAUCUACAAUGAUCCUCCAUUUCCUGUGGAUGAAGAUGGUAAAUCUAUUUGGCAAGAUAUCCUGAAGAAGGCGUUUCAAAAUCGCGAUACACUUCUGUGCCAAAAUCCAAAACUGCAAGUGCUGCUGGCGAAUAUCGAGGCAUUGGCUUUGGACCGGGAAGAUCCAAAGAAACCAAAAGAUGAAACUCUUGUGCCAGACGAUGAGUGGUACAAAAAAAAUGUUAAGCAAAUGAUUGACGAGCUAAAGGAUAUUUAUCCGUUAGAAGAGGCUGCGUCAAAACGAAAAAAGAAACAGUCAACUGCACAGCCAAAGAAAGUAACAAAAGCAGGCAAAACCUGAGGGUUCCUGUCUGAAAUAUAAAGGCUAUUAAAGAUAUGAAUGUGUAUUCCAAAAUAGUUUUUAUACCAAACAUUAUAAAAAUAAGCUGUGUUACUCGGAUUGCGAGAUAAGAAAUAGUACAUUACGAUACAAGUGCGCAAAGUAGGUGAUUCCCGCAAGAGUCGGGUUUGUCGCCCGAGCGUAGCGAGGGUGACAACAAACGAGUGCGGGAAACACCUAUGCGCACGUGUAUUAUAAUGUUAUUUUCUUAACAAGCGGCGUAAAAUUCGAUUUUGCACACGCGUUUGACAGUGCGGGAAUGAGGCACUUUGCAAAUCGAAUUUUGCGCACGCUGUUAGGAAAAAUUUAUUUCUAUAUUCAUUUUCAUGUUAAAAUACCUACGUUUCAGCGUUCAGUUGUAAGCAUUGUCAUAUUUAAUAAACUAUUUCUUUUAUUA